AUGUCCUUGAAUUUCUCCAUCGACCGACUUGUGGACACGGCAAAGAGCGAGCCAUCACCGUCACAGGAGGAGCGAACUGCUCCGAUUGCACAGACUCUUUCGUAUUUCGAUGUUUUAUUACCUCAUGUACAGAUGGCGUCCGCAAAUCCAUUCCUAGCCGGAUUGUCCGAUACACCACAAAGCCACAGUCGCCUUUGGUCACAGCAAUGGGUCGAACUGCUUCAGCAGGCUAAUUCUUCUCAAUUCGGUGAAGUAGCUGCAGGCCUAUUUCUACAGCCGUUCCGCAAGAGCAAACGAAUUCGUACCGCUUUUUCACCUUCGCAAUUGUUACAGCUGGAGCGUGCUUUCGAAGGUAAUCACUAUGUGGUCGGAACGGAACGAAAACAGCUUGCAAAUCGACUGGCGCUUUCCGAAACACAGGUAGGGCCUUCCACAACUUGUUUACGCUUGUUUACUUUAAUUCAAUUAGUGAAAGUAUGGUUCCAAAAUCGGCGAACGAAACACAAACGGGUACGGAUCGAAGGACAACCACCAUCACCAUCCAGUUCACCACGACUUCAUGACGACGACACCACCCUAUCGCAUCAGAAUUUACCCGGAUCCGCUAUCCCAGCAACAGCUCAACCGGAUUAUAGCGAUGGGAGCGGGUCAUGA